GGUACUCCAACAAAAAAAUCCAGAAGAUCUUGGUUUGAUGCACCUCCACUGACAUCUUUAGAUCCACCCACGGGGGGAAAACCAGAAAUGGCAAAAAUGGCCUCUAAAAGGACGAGCAUUGAUACUGUGGAGACACUAAUUUUAACUCACUUUACAAACCCACCAAAAAUAAACUUUGGAAAAAUUAUGGUAGGGAAAAAGAAGUUCAGAACAUUAAUACUAAGGAACCCACAUGAUUUUGAGCAAGAGGUAAUUAUUGAAAGGUUUCCGUUCAAGAAAAAAUUUAUGGUUGAACGCACAAGGUAUGUUAUUUGUCUUUUUACUUCCAAAUUAUUUUUGUGUGUCUUAGUUGUAUGUAUCAAUAGCUACUAAAUAAUGUUUCAACUUUAAGACAACUUUGGUUUUAUACCUUUAAAAAAAAUUAAAUACAUAAAUUUACAACAAAAAAAUUGACCUAUAUUUAAAGAUGUGGUCAAUUAAUAUAGAUGAUGUAGUUAUAAAGUUUAUAAUUUAUUAAUUUAUGUGAGUAGUGUACCUCAUUGUGCAGUCUCAAUGCUCAAUUUGUUUCAGAUUUGUUGUUCCAGCUGAAGAUAUGGUCUCUCUUGAAAUCACCUUCUCCCCUGAAGAAGCUGGGGGUUUUCGUGAAAUGAUCCAGUUUCAUAUCAAUGACUUUUACAGGCUUCAGGCUUUCAUUAUUGGAGUAGUGGAGAAACCGAAACCCCCUCGUAAAGUGGUGAGAAAGUGUUUAUUUCACCAUAGAGAAAGUGUUUCUUUCACCAUAGAGAAAGUGUUUCUUUCUCCAUUUCUUUCUCCAUACUCUUUUUCCAUUCUUUAUUCAUAUAAAAUACAAAACAUGAAUGAAAUUCAAGGGAGACAAGGAAAAAUUUUGAAUAACAUUUCAUUGUAUUAUUUGAUAAUUUACUGUUCAGUUAUAGUCCUUACUUUAAAAAAACACAGACUUUUUCACGCCAAAAAACAAUAGAAAUAGAAUGCUCAGAAAAAUGUAUACAACUUUUGGUAAAAUUAUAAUUUUGUGUUCACAUAUAUCAAGAUUUUUAUAAAAGGAAGAGACAUUCUUGUUAUUACAGAGAAAAUUUCCAAUGGGAGGUCGGUUAAGGGAACCGCCUUCAGUACUACAAACACCAGCUCUUUCAAGCAUUAAAUCCAGCUACAGUCCUAAACGUAGUGAGGAAGUUAGGGAAAUGUUGGAAGACUUGGAUCAAAUCAUCAACAAGGAGAACAGUCGUGAGCUAGUGAGCCAGGACAACAACUACGACACAAAAGCGAUCGUGCAGGAGCAUUGCCUGAAAACCACUGAAGGUUCUUCUGUGAAAGUUGAGUCUGGAGCAGAAGUGAGAGCCCCAAAGAUCUUCAGGGCUGAAGAGGAAUGUUUUAAGACACCCACACCAUUGGAGUCCACGGCAUUAACAGGACUGCAUGACAAGGGGCAGCUGAGUCAGAAAAACAGGAGACAGUGGAGGAACAUCUCUGACAUUACAUCUCCAACCCUGAACACAAUGAGUCCCAUCCCACACACAGAGGACAAUGAAUAUGGAAUCACCGUUGACUCCUAUUUCCAGCCGAAUGACACCAGGCCUGAAAGGUUAUCCAGAAUAGGGAAAGAAAAUGAACACGUUGGCAAGGCCACUAAAGAAUCACACUCUGAACAUUCGAGCGACGCAUUGAAGAAAACUUUUGUUGUCCCCUAUCCACGCGUGAAGUCUGAAUACACUAAAAUAAAGAGCAAGGAGCUGGAAGGCAGUGAAGACAGGACAUCAGAAAUAUGUGGGGAGAGCCUACACGUGUCCGAUGUGGAGCGGGUUCAAAGGAAGGCAAUAGUUGAUGAGACUCGUGUUAUCAGGCGCGAUGAAGUGACUUUCUCACCAUCAGUCGCCGAAGCAGAGCAAUCUAAAACUGGCGUUGAUGCUGUGAGGUCUAGGUCUAAUUUCAUGGAGGCUAACAGAAGAGAUGACAGGUCCUCACCAAAUAUUCAAAAGAAAAGUUUGGGAGUAUGUGACAUGGUCACAAGCCCAGCAUCCCCUGGUACUAUUCUCAAUCAGUCCCUGAAUUUAAUUUCACAGAUGAAACUCCCUAAACCAAGUGAUGGGUCACCUACAGACCCGAACCAAAGCAUCAAUUGCAGUCUCAUAUCUCUGGGCCAGGGCAUUGUCAGCCCCAACUCCUUCGUAGAGGACAUGAGGAGCAUGAGGCAUGACAUAUCUGGUGGAAGUGGUGGAUCUGUGAAUACAAGCACCCCUCUUAUUCCAAGCCCUCUCUCGGUGUUGAACAACUCUAUACCUCACAGUGUGAUGGUCAGCCACCUCAAUAAAAUCAGGUCAUCCCUGAAUUCUCCGCACAUUGGUGGAUCCAGUGGUGGUAGUACCCCCGUGAAGCAAGCUGCAUUAAAGCGAUGCCCUAAGCGUAGGUCCAUCACAUCACAGUUUAAGAAGGAGGAGAUUAAGAAAUUGGCAAUGGUGGCCGCGGCCAUGGACAAACAUGGCAAUGGUUUGGCAAAUAGUGGGCAAGUGAAAUAUUUACUGAGAAAAGAUCAAAUUGACAACAAAAACAAUGUUUGUAAAGCUCCAAGUCCAAGACAGGCAUUAUUUGUCAAAAAAACAAAAGCGGCAGAAGCAAGAAAACUGGAAUCGUCCAAAAGGUCCCCAACAGGAAAAAGACUGAAUAAAAGGUCACCCAUUGCAAAGCCCUUUUUGUCCAAAAGGUCACCAAAAAGAGUCAAACAGGAGCCGACUAUGAAGCAAGUGAAGAGUAAAUUUACAAGUGAAAAUCAUCAUACUCAAGACAGUAGUAAUUCAAAAUCUGAAGUAAAUCUUAAAUUGCCAGAUUUCUCAUGCUGUGAGUUUGAGAAGAUAAGUGCCUGCAGCAGCAGUAUGUUAACUGAGGAGACCACACCUAUCAAAGAACAGAGUAUGGAUAUUCCGAAGCAGUUAGCUCUAUCUGCACACCCAGCUACUGUUGUACACUCAGGUACUGUCGUACACCCAGCUACUGUUGUACACUCAGGUACUGUCGUCAAAGCCAAAUCUGGUGAAUGCCUUGAGGAAAGUAUUAAAUACUUUGAUGAUCUUCAGGCAGAUCCAGAAAGUAGUGCCAACAGAAAUUCAUCACUGACAAGAAGAGGAAAAUUAUUCCCUGAUAUUGAGGUGUCAAAUUUAAGUGAUGUUGUCGUCGGUGAAGAAGAAAGUUGCCUGCAGGAAGCAUUUGAAUCUGAAAUUUCAAGUGGGUCAAAAAAACCUUCAGAGAAGCCUGCUGAUGCCAAAAGCAGCAGAUUGCAGCGUGUUGUCAGUGCAGUAGAAAGAUCAAUGUCCCCUCAGAGGUUUUGUCCCCUUUCUCCCGGUGACCUACCGACAAGCCCGGGGGCUGAAUUGGAGCACUCCAGGCGUGGUACCGUGACAGUUGUUAAAUCUCGGCCCUCUGACGCUCUGCUUGCGGCCAUGAACAAUAGGAAGAGGUUAUUUGCAGAGUCGCCUCACAGGACACCUGCGUUCUGCAUCAAUGAAGAUGACACAGAGACCCAGGAGAAAAUCCAGGUUAGAGUUGAGGAGCAUUAUGAGGAAAUCGAUGGUGAAAUGUUUCUGGUUGUCAAGGAAACGACAGAUGUUGUCAAGUCAACCACAGAAACGUACAUAGAGCAACUGGUUGUAAGUCCUCGGCACUUUCAAACCCCACCUAGGCUGCCCAACAGUCCUGAUCCACAAAUGACUCGGAGGUCAACCCAUGUUGUCCACAGCCCAAAGGUUCUUAAUGUACUUGAAAUGGAUCACAGGCGUCUUGAUUUCCAAGAAGAUUUCAUUAAAUACAGGCUUCCUGGUGACACAGAAAUGGAUGACAGUACCAACAGGAAAGGUGAUGCAAGGCAUUAUAACGUCAACAGCAGCAGCAACACAUCAAAGUUAAAUCUUGAAGAUCACUCAAGGUUGAAGAGGUACGUUUGGGAGGACAUAGAGGGAGACAAGUCGCCUAUCACUUCAGUUAGCUUGAUCACACCCAAAAUUGUUGAUUACGAUGUUGGUUCAGAUGGCUGUAGCUCUGGGGACAUCACUAAGGAUUCCCUAGAGACGAGCCAGACCACUGAUUCUCUGAACCAAAGUUCUGCUGCAGUAAGUAAUACAGAUGGAAGUAAUGCAAAAAGUGAUGGUCCGAAGGAUUCAAAUGGGGAAGGGAGUGAGUAUUCCACCCCACCUCCUGUCCCAGUUUCAAGUAACUGUUCUUGUGAACCUGUGCCAAGCAUAAGUGAAUGUCACCAUGCCCCUGAACCUACCACAAGCGAAUCUUUUUUAUUGCCAGUCUCAUAUAGGAGUGGACAGUCUAUUAAACCUGACCCAACACCAAUUACUGAGAAUAUUUCAUCAGUAGCUAGAAAUAAUUCAGGUUCUACUACAUGUGAAGUUUACUCUACUGGAACAAGAGAACCUCUUCACAAUGCUGUCCCAAUAACAAAUGAAGAAAGUGAGGAGGAGAACUUUUAUGACACUCAAAGUGAGAGGUACUAUGAUGCCAUGAGUGACACAAUGGGAACUGAUAUUGAUGAAGAAAUACAAGAGCUCACAUUACAAGGAAACAAUCUGGAAGACUCCCGCAAUGUGGAUCACAUGAUGUUUGACAAAAAGCAAGUGGCUGAAGCUUAUGGGGAAAAUUUACAAAGCCUUUGUCUUAAAUUAAAGAUGAACAAAGACAGGGAACAGCAAGAAUCAAAUAUCUGUUCUAGAUCCUCAUCUGCUAAUUUGGAAAAUCAAAGGCAGAUCAGGGAGGAAUAUUCAAUCGACCACCAGGAGCAUUUCAUUGUCACGGAAAAAGAUGUGUUUGAGGCCAAAUUGGUUGAGGCAGAGGCAAUGGCUAUGGGGAACAUGUCAGAGGCUUUGGAAGAUAAAAGAAAGCUGCGCAGAUCUAUUUCUGUUGAUGGUCUGUUGCAGACAGUUAUCACUGACAUACCAAAAAAGCCAGCAACCGGUGGUGGGAAGUUGGGGGACCAUUCAAAGUUUGAUGUAUUUGCCAAACCAAAGGCAGUGACCCUAAAAAACAGCCAGACUAAGGCUUCUAAGGGACAACCUCUACGUCCAACAGCCACUAUCAGCCAGCGUAGCCAGAGCAUGACUAAUUUAUCCAAAAAGGUUGACAAAACAAAGUCUCCCCAGAAGGCAACUCUAGAAUCAACUUUGGCUAAGGCCCCUGUAAAAUCAGGUAGGACAACCAACAAAUAUCUCUUAAAGGUUUUCUUUACUUCCUAAUAAAUUUGUUCCUAGUUUUGUUCGUCUUUUUGUUUUUUAAAUUACAUUUUUACAAGUGUCACUGUUAAAAAUGGUCUCAACAUUUUAUUAUCAAAGAAUUUCAUAUAACUAGCAUAUUCUCAUGUUUUCUUAUCUGGUACCUUGUUUCCAUUUUAUUGCCAUUAUUAUAGGCAUAACUCAAUAUUGUUAAAUAAAUUGUUAACUUGACGUGCAGGAUUCCUUGCUUAUUUUGAUUCUCAUCAAUUUAUUGUCAUCAGUUCCGCAAGUAAAUAGGGGCAACAUCAAACAGAGAGGGCCCACCAGAGGUGUUGCACAGAGCAGACUCAUCUUGGUAAAGAAACCAAAAACAGGUAGAUUAUCAUUAGUGAUUUUUUUAGUUCUUAGUUGUCUGGUGACUGUCUGACUGGCACAUGACAUCACAUAGCAUGUUUUUCUAUAAUAAAUACUAACAGAAAAAUGAAUCACAUUAAGUAUAAUUUUUUGAUAAUUUUUAUCCAAUGUUUUAUUCAAAUUCUUGCUGCAAUCCAUUUUAUUUAUUUAGGCAUUUUUUAUAUAGCGCUUACCUUAAAGCUCUAAGCGCUUUACAAUUAUUAAAAACAUGUAAACUAAGUAAAAUAAAAAUGAGACAUUAGGAUAGUAACUACUACACUAUAGAAACAAUUAAAAUGGCUAUAAAACGAGGACACUUUGGCACGUUUUGGCCUAUACUACAGGAUCAACCCGAGACAGAAAAUGAGGCAGGGCAAGGAGGACCUAAACAGAUGGGUUUUAAGGGACUUUUUAAAAGUGGACGAGGUUUCACAAUGACGGAUAUGGAAGGGGAGCUGGUUCCAGAACGUGGGUCCAUGGAAGUAGAAGGAGCGUUCACCGAUGGUCUUAUCUUGGGAGCUCUAAGAUCUACCCCAACAGCAGCAUGCAAAAUACAUACUAAUAUUAAGCCACUAAAUCUUAUAAGAGAGGCAGCAGUUAUCAAGGUGUUUUACAGGUACAGAAGGCCAGACAAAUACAUCUAAAUAGACAAAUGGUUGAAAAAUGUAGACCAAAGCUUAGAAUUCAACAGAAAUCAAUACUAGACGAGGCUUCUGAAAUUGGAGAGAAACCACCUUCAAACAGGCUUUCAAAUUAUACCAAAAGACCUAUCCCCAAACCAAGAUUUACAAACAGCUUAUAUCAAAACAGUCCUAAUAAAAAAAGAUAGAAAAGUUCAGACCCAUUACAUCAAAUGAUAGUUGCAGAAAAAAUCAUAGCAUCCUACCCAGAGGAUAUAAUCCAAAUAUACCGUAUUUUCCGGUGUAUAAGAUGACUGGCUGUAUAAGACGAUCCCUACUUUUCCUGAAAAUAUAGGGUUUGGGCUAUACUCGCUGUAUAAGACUACCCUUCUUCCAAAGCACACCAAAUUAAAAAAACAGCAGAUUUGAUUUCAUUAUGGUAUUUUAAUUCAAAUGCUUAUGACAUGCAGAUACUUAGCAGGAAAACUGUCACUUAUAAGCAUAAGGCUGUUGGUCAUCAAACAUGUAAACAUAAAACAGUGUAAGUGGAUUAAACUUUUCCCAAUUCACUCUAAAGCUGAAAGGAUGAGACAAUAAACCCAUGGGAGCUGCCCAUGCUGUUUGUUUUCUAAGCUGUCAACCAAACUGGAACUGAUGAUGAUAGGAGGAAAAUAACAAACAAUAGAGAGAGAGCAAGUGCGGGGCAAGUUUGUCAUCUGAUAUCAUAAGUAACAGUACAUCAAUGACAUCUUGUGAUACAUUUGUAAGGCAGUCAUCGUAUGGAUCUAAUUCCGUAUCAGAUGGUGUGGUCUCAGCUUCAGCUUCCUCUUCAUCUUGCCACAAGUAGUCGUCCUCCAUACCAUCUAAUGAAUUUGAUAUGCCACACUUCUUGAAAGACUUGAUUACUUUUUCUGCAUCAAUAUCAUUCCAGGCUUUUAUGACAAACCUGCACAAAACAUCCAACUGUCGAGCACGCAUGUUUUCUUCUUUUGUGAAUGACUUUACGCACUGUUCUCGAUUGGGAUCUUUAAUUGGUUUGUUCAGGCACACAUCCAGUGGCUGUACCAACGAUGUCAGUCCUAGGCACAUGUCCAGUGUCUGUACCGAUGUCAAUCCUAGGCACACAUCCAGUGGCUGUACCAACGAUGUCAAUCCUGCAGGAAUAACAGCCGCAUCUGUGUUGAUCCUUGCCAGCCUUUGUUUGAUGCUGGGAGUCAAAUGAGCCCUGACGAUAUCCCACACCAGUAGAAUACGUUUUUGAAUAAGUCCGCCUGCUCCAUACAUAUCAAGCCAUAGCUUUACCCCUUCUUCAUCCAUCCAGCCUUUUUCAUUAACAUGUACAAAACAUCCAACAGGGAACUUGAUGUAUGAAAUUUAAAAAAAAAUAAUCAUCGCUAGAGGACGCCUGUCCCUGAAGUUUCAGCACGCCGUAUGCCACCUUAUAAGAUGACCCCCAGCGUAUAAGAUGACUCCCGACUUUUGAAAAUAUUUUCAUGGGUUAAAAAGUCAUCUUAUACGCCAGAAAAUACGGCACACAGAUGGGUCAGCUUUGAGAGGAGCCCUACAUACAGGCUAUGGUUUACGAAUAUAGUACCCAAGGCGAUCUGCAGUAAUUAUGAAGCAGAUGUGACUGCUAUUGAAGCAGCGUUACACCCCUUAUCUCCAAUCUUCACAAUUUAUCCCAGCAAACAUCUUCUCCGACUGUAAAUCAAUACUUGAGGCAACUGAGUUUGAGGAUCUCAUGACAGUAAAAUUUACUAAAAUCACUACCUGUGAAAGUAAACCUUUUCCUUGCAUACUCUGCAGUCAAGCUGACCUUACACUGGACACCAGAACACAACAAUAUUCCAGGAAAUGAAGGAGCAGACAAACUAGCAUAGCAGGGCGCAUUCACUGAACAGCCAAACAAGCUACGGUACAUCACUCAACACUGCAAAGCAGAUAAUCUGAGCUAACAAAAAAUAAGAGCGGUUAAAUGGAUGUGCUGUGGAUUUAACAGGAAGAUGUGUCCAGUCUAGACCUAAAAAGAUCCAAUAAAUUUCCUCCAAAGACACAAACAGGUUGUUAUAUUUUGCCUGUGGACACGGGACACACACCUAAAUUCCCACCUAAACCUCAUAAAAUCAGAUCAAACACCAAUUUGCUCCCCCUUGCAGACAUGAAAAUAAGAUAGUAAAACAUAGCCUCUUCCACUGCCCGGCACUUCAGAACAUAAGUCUUAACUACCUACCAAACGCACUAGAUUACAGUAUUACCCUACAUACAAACAGCUGCAGAGAGUGAGUGAAUUCUUCACCAUGGCUGAAGAGCACGUACCCAAAUGGCCACUGGAUCUGGAUGAUGAUGAUUCAAAUUCUUAGAAACUAAGAAAUAUUUAAUAUGAUUCAAAUAUGCAAAUUUAUCCUGCUGUUGGAAUAAAAUAUAAUUGUGUAAUUAACUAUGAGGCAAAUCUUUAGGAUGAGGGUAGAGGCUCUGGCUAUGACUUUCAUUUUCAUUGGGUUAUUUUAUCUCAUGAAUGAACUAAUGGAGUAAAAAUUUGUAUUGUUUUUUUUUUCAUUAAAAAAAUUUUAUUUUUUAAAAUCUUGAAUGUAUUGAUUUGUGCUAAUUCAGGGGCACCAAGACAUCCUAUGCCUUUCGCUGCCAGAAAUAUGUACUAUGAUGAGAGGUGGGUGGAAAAACAGGAACGAGGAUUUGUCCAGUGGUUAAACUUUGUCCUAACUCCACCUGAUGAAUAUGUGGCUGUCACAACCAAGGCAAAAGGUGAUGAUAGUCACUGAUAUUUGUGUUGAUAGUUUAGAGAAAUCAAAUUACUUUUAACAUUAUCUUUUAGUUUAUGCUAGUAUAAAUUAUUAACUAAAUAUCACUUAGAUUCCAUUUAAAGUUAGAUCUUUAGCUGCAAAUUUUGAUUGUUGAAAAGUAAUUUCUACAUUAGUAUGUUAAAAAGAAGUGAUUCAGAUUUUGUAGGUUUUAAAUCAAAGAUAUCAUUCCCAUGAUCUGGUGUUUCAAUUAAUGGUAGUUAUAUUUACUGGUUUAAAAUACUGCUUUAAAGUGGAAAAUGAACAUAAAUUCCUCACAUUGCUAAGACUUAUUUUUCCUCAGUGGAUGCCCACUCCUUAGCCCUGGACAAUCGCCAGGUAGCACCAAGGCUUGCUCCCACCAAAGAGAUCCUGUCUUUUAGAGCAUAUGCUGCCAGAAGAAGACUGAACCAACUGCGCAGGGCAGCUUGUGAACUGUACCAAUCUGAGCCAAUUGUGAAUAUAAUUUGCAAGAUUGAGGUGGAGGUUGAGAGUAGGAGACUAGCAGUUCGCAAAGACAAAAUGGUUCACGCUGAUUUGGGUAAGAUACACACACAGACAUAAAAGCAUUUCAUUUUACAAGGACAUAUUGAAGGAGAUCAAAAUAUUGAAGGGGAAAGGUUAUCUACAACAUACUUUAUCAAAGAAAAAUAAUCAAUUGAUAUGUUUAAAAAUAAUUAUUAUUUUCCUCUUUUUUUUUAAUAGUUAAUAAAAUAGCAUAGACCAAAGUUUUCUAUUGAUUGUUCAUUGUGAUAAAAAAAAAACUGAAAUGAUUGAGUUUCAACAUUCUUUUGAGCUGCCAAAUAUAUGUCCUCUCUGUAGCUUUAAAAUAUUUUGUUUACAUUAACAUAUUUUUUCCAUAUUUUCACUGCUUGACUGAUCUUUUAAAAUUUAUAACAGCUUUUUUUUUUCAUUACAUUCUGUUUAAGAGAUAUUUUCAAUUUCAGGAGUCAAGCAACGUCUCUUGGACUUAUUGCUCCAGUACAGCUCUUUAUGGCUGCGAAUUGGCUUGGAGGUCUGUGCUUUUCUCUUCACUCAAAUAUCAAAUGGGAAAUAGAAUAAUUAAAAUGUGUUGCUCUUAACAAGAUCUGAGUGGGAUUAACUUUCUGAAUAGUUCUUUAGUCUGAACAAUUGUGAAAUUUGAAAACUGUAGUGUACAUUUUUUUUAAUCAGUUGCUCAAAAACUGUUAUAGUACUGCACCCAGGAAAAAAAAGAGAAGUUGAAGGAAAGAUUAGGCAGGUAGCCAUGGGACUAGAAUGACAACCAAUGUUAAAUAAUAAUAAUAGUAAAGUUUAUUUGAAAAACACGCUUCAUCCCCAAAAGCUCGAAGCGCGGUACAAAGUCAAACAUAUUAAAACGAGAAAUAAAAAACAAUCUAAAAUUUACCACAUUUAAAAAACAGACGCAACAAUAUAAAACUACAUAGGAGCAUAGCAAGUCAUUUACUUUUAUGAAUUUCGUUAACAGGUGUAGUGUUGACGUGCUAGAAACAUUUUUUAGUGUAAACUGAUAUGCUUUGAGCAAAACAUUGUCAUUAGAAAGGUGGCUGUGCAAAUUAAUUUGUACACGCUCUUAGACAAUGCCCUGCAAAAGGCUCAUGGGAAAGGUGCCAUAACUAAUAUGAUGAGCAGUUGUUUUGGGGGGAAAUAGCUGAUAGGUUAAUUUGUGAAUAAAAUGAAGAUACUUCUGAAGAAAUCUUUUUAUCAUGCAUAAUUGCAAUCUUUUAAAAUCUAAAUUAUUAACAGAUAAUGAGGUAGCCAUUGCCUUUUUUUCUAUUAUAAAAGGUUGUAGAUUUUGCAUGGGGUCAUGAAGAAGUUAGUAAAAAUGUAUCUAUAAUUAUAAAAAAAACAAUUAAUGUUUAAUUUUGUAUUUAUUUUAAGACGAUCUUCGGUGAGGUGGUUAUGCUACAGUCCAACACUGAUGUUGUAGGCCUCUCCAGGUUUAUUGUCACAAGACUGCUGGCGUCUCCAGACAUUGCAGCUCAAUUUGCCCAUCCCACUGUACCUCACUUGUACAAAGAAGGUACAUUUCAUUUUGACAAUACUCAUAUAAACUCAUUGGCUUUUCAGAUCUACCUCAUUGGUUAGCAGUUUCUUUUUUAACCCUUUGAACCUGCAAUCCCGCUUUAUCGGUCUGCGUGUUACAAAUCCAUACCCCGCCAGACCAAUAUUUUGGUAUCCCAUAGAUCGACAGUCUAUACUUAAAAAUGUGUUGUAAAUACUGAGUUCAGGGUUUACCAUGUGACGUGUGAAAGGUCGCAGUAUUGGCUGAGUCCAUGGAUGCAUUGUUUUUGUUAUGGUUUAGUAAUAUUUUCUGGAGAUGAUGAAAAUGUAAAAAUUAUUAUUCUAACAGACAGAAACCAGAGCAGGUUGAUGAUUAUGUGAAUGAUUCAGAGGAUUAUUAUCAUAUUUGAAAAAGGAUUAUAAUAAAGUAGAUAGACAAUGAUAGGUCCAACUAUUCAACUGAUGGAAUGUGUGCUUUGGAAAUAAUGAAACAAAGUCUAACCCUAGUCCUAUCCCUAGUUUUUAUGAAAAUCAAGGGUGUGAAAUUGACCUACAAUGCUACUCUAAACCGAUUCUCAGACAAUCACUCCCUGUCAUACCUUUGCAUAAUAGUAAUGGAAAAAUUUUGAUUGAAAUAAUAUAAUUUUAUAAUCACUGAUUUUUUUAUUUUUUUUUUAAAUUUUUGCUAGUCUGUUUGUGGAAAUUUUCCCAUAUGAGCCCAGGGACAUGGGUAUUUUAUGGCCAAGGGUUCAAAGGGUUAAAAUUCAUUAAAUAUGUUGUUUUUUUUUGUUUUUUUUUUUAAUACCCUUUAAUAUUAGGUCCUACCUUUUUCUUUAUUCUUACAUCUUCCAGGUUAUGCAGCUGCUCUGUCAAGACACACAAUUAAAAAGUUUUUACUGCUAGUUUACUUCCUGGAUCAAGCCAAAUCUUCCCAUCUUAUUGACCACGACCCAUGCUUAUUCUGUAAGGAUGCUGACAUCAAGGUACAUAAGCAGAAUUAACUGUUGUGUGUCAAUGUUUAGUCUUUACAUGGGAGAUCAAAGUGCAUCAGAUCUUAAAGGCUGUUAUUACAUUAUGUUGCACCCUACAGAACAGUGGAAAACAAUUUUGUUGUCAUCGUCCACAAUUUAAAACUAUCACACAAAGGUUGUUUAUUUUUUAGGAGAAACUUCAAUAUCAUAUCCCUCAUUUGUUUUUGUUGUUUUUUUUUGUUUAGAAAAUUGCAAUGUAUUAGUAUUAGAUAACUUGCUCUAUUCUCAAACAAGUUUCUAUUUUAACUUAUUUUAAAUAAUUUUAUUUAAAAAUGGCAGUCCAGCAAAGAAAUUCUGAUAGAGUUUUCAAGAGAGGUUUUGAGUGGAGAGGGAGACCUUACUCGUCACUUGGCCUACCUCGGGUACAUUGUAACUCAGUCUCAAAGGUCCAUCGACGAAUUUGAUUUUGCAGUUAAAACUCUGAGUGCAGAUCUGAGAGAUGGACUUAGGCUAAGGUAUAUAUCUGAAUCAAGUGUGUCCAUACACAUACUAUUUCUUACUAAGUGAAAGCCUUUUUGUUUUGGUUAGUAUUUGAAAGCUUAGUUUAAACAAUAUAUGCACUUGCUACAGUUUGAUCAUAUAUAUAUUAGAAAUAUUAUGAUUGACAUUGUAUUACAUAUUCAUCAUACAAAAGCUAAUAUAUUAUACUUAUAACGGUUCUUGCUUACAGUCGCAUCAUAGAGCUACUUGCAGGUAAUAAAACUAUCAUGUCUAAACUACGGACUCCUGCCAUUAGCCUGCUACAGAAACAACACAAUGUAAAGCAAUUUUUUGAGGCAAUGGCUGAAAGGAAGAUGGAUUUAAGCAAAUCCCAAGGUACUGUAACCUUCAUUCUUUUUAAAUCUUCAUUUUAAAAGCCUUUACUGUUCUUAAUUGAUGUCAAAACAAAAAAUUACAUAUCUUGAUUUCAUUGGAUUAUGUAGAAAUUUAAGUAUUUCUUUUACAAUGAACUUUUAAUUUUUUAAAUAUUUGCUAGCAUAAAUAGAAAACCAAAUAAUUUUACGUUAUUCAAAUUCCUGUAAUUAUGUAUCUGUCUUGUAAACCCCAGUUACGCCAAAAGAUAUUGUUGAUGGACACAGGGAGAAAACACUGCUGCUACUAUGGCAUCUAAUAAUUCAUUUCCAGGUAAGUCGGCUUACUGUUCAUUAAGAGCUCAGCACAUUCCCAAUCUUUAGUUACUCUUUCUAAGUGUGAUGAAGUAGAGAAAACAUUUGUAUGACAGAAUUUAUCAUUACCAUCAAAUUUUGUGUAAUUCUGGUUUGCUUAAAUAAAAUAGUGUCAACUUCAAAGGAUAAUUAAAUUUUAAUUUAUAUAUUGAACAUUCAUCAAAUUAAAGUGUUAUUAAUUUGAUAUAAGUUUGAUAUGGUCCUAUCAUGCUAAAAUUAUUUUUUUGUUCCACUAUGAUUUUUUUUAUUACCAUAUAAAAAUUCCCCCCCCCCCCCCCCCCUUCAAAAAAAAAAAUUAGGUUCUUUUGUUUAGCUUAAGUUUGGUUAUAAAAAUUUUAAUGUACCCAGUAGCUCUCUGUAUGCUGAGGAAUUGUUAGGGCAAUACUUUAUAAGCUGACAGUGACAAAUUAGGAAAUGAAUGAAACUAAUUUCCUUUGUUUGCUAACCUGAUUGCAGUUUCUCCCCCUUUUUACCAUUGACAAAUUUAACUUCUUAAAGUUAAUUGUAUACUGUUUGUUUCUUUCUAAGUUUUAAUUGUUAUUUAUCCGGAAGAAUAGGAUUAUUAUUUUUCAAGACACAUCAAGUCUGUUCUGACAAUUUUGUGACUUACCUUGUCUCGCCUACAGUGUUCCAUUAAAGUCAAUAUGGAUCACCUGAAAGAAGAGAUUGACAUGCUCAUUAAAUCACUCCAGCUCAAACUUGCCAUGCAGAAGGUUGGAGUACUAUCCAAAGAAGGCUGUCAAGGUAUGAUUUGACUUUUCUAUUGUUUUCAAUAUGUCCUGCAGUUUUCUUAUCUCUAUAACAAAAUGACUUCAGUAUAUAUAAAAAAAAAUUCUUGUGAUCUUUAUAAAUAAAUUUACUUAAAAUCUAAUCUUAUAACCUUCUUAUGUCAAAUUAUUGAAAUAUGACUAUUUCGAAACUCAAGGACAGUGUACAAGACCACACAAAAAAAACUCUUUUAAAAACUGCUUGUGGAUGUUUUAACUCGUUGGUCUGCAAACCACGGCUUGUGAGCCACAUGUUGCCCUUGCACGAGCUGAGUGCGGCUUGGCCAGUCGGCCACAAAUCGGUUUUGACUCCAAAAAGCAUGGUUCUUGACAAAAAAUAAAAUUUGGCUCUCAAAAAUUUUUUAAUCGUUCUGCUGCUGAUUUUUGUCUCUUUUGACUAAUGAGUUAGCUAACCACUGGUUUGACUGAUAAAUAGGUUAUGUCUUAAUAUCUUACCUUCAACAGCACGAAGAGAUUCUGGAGGGACUCAACUUUUGAUGGAAAAUGAGAGACUACAGUUGAUUUUCCAGUGGUGUCGCCUAGUUUGCUUACAUUAUGGAGUCACUGUAAGUAACAUUUUCUUGAUCACGAAGGAACGGUUGAGGCGACAACACUAGACACAUUUGUGUCUAUUGCCUCAAGCCUUCAAACCACUUGUGCAUGAUUCCCUCACAAAGUGGCACUGAAAAUCUGUGAAAUUUCCUCAUCAACACCAUUGCAAAUCCCAUCUACAUGCAUAGGAGCCAAAAUGAUCAAUAAAUUGAUCCUGGGUCCUUCAGAUAUAGAAGAAGAAGAAGAAUAAUUUCUUUCCAGUUUUUUAAACUAUACAGAAUUUUAAUUAGUCCAACAGUAAAUAGUUCACUGGUAUUUUUCUACGCUGUAAACAUAUUAUGAACUUUACAUUAUUUUGGUUAAUAACUCCCAAACGGUAUAUAUAAAAAUAAAUCACUAUAUUUUAACAAUGUUACUUGUCUUUAAAAACAUUUUAACAUAAUAAAAGUUGUUGUUUUUUUUUUUACAAUAUUAUUUUUGAAAGAAUAUUGUACGAGACUUGUUUUGUCAUAUAAACGAAACUUAAGGGAACUAUUAAAACGAUAUGAGUACAUCUGACGAAGAAAUGUUUGAAUUUGUGUGGAUCAUAAUUUCAGGUUGAAAACUUCACAGUGUCUUUCUCUGACGGCAGAGCCCUCUGCUGCCUUAUCCACCACUAUCACCCAGCGUUGCUUCCUUUGUCUGAGAUCAAAUUCCAUACAACGGUCAGUUUCCAGCAGGAGGCAGAAGAUCAGUGUCAGGUGGUUACUGACCCAGAUUCAAGCAUGGACUGGGGCCAUGGAGGUGGCUUGAUGGCAAAUGGUAAUUUAAAAAUAAAUUUGUUAAUUACUUUUUCUCUCUCAGAUACUGCACGGGGGAAGGGGGGGGUGGUGUGUUUGCAUAAAUUGAAUAGCAUCGUUUUUUGUGCACAAUCCUUGAAUUAUUUCUUGUUUUCCUUGUGUGUGCAUUUUGUCCGUCUCUAAGGAUAUGUUUACAUUUGAUGUAGUUUCUGUAAUGGAUUGUAUUUUAUUUUGAAACAUGAUUAAUUUUGUAAAAAGUAUUAUUUUCAUUUUUUUGCAUCUUAAUUAGAAAACAACCCAGAAAUGUUUGAAGAGCUUCUAGCGAAUGAAAAAGCCAACUUUAAAACCUUAUAUGAAAAGGUAAGAAAAAUUUAUCUCUGAAAUUCAGAUAUUUCUUAAUUUUCUAGUGUGCAUUAAAACACACAAAUAGUCUAUGAGAAUCCUGCUAUAUCCAUUUAUUGGUGACGAAAUGUUUAUGUAAUUGUUUCACUUAUUAGCUACAAUUACAGUGUCAUGAUUUUUCUAAAACUACUUAACAAUUUUCAGGUGUCUGAGCUGGGUGGCGUUCCUUUAAUGCUUAGGUGUGCUGAUAUGUCCAACACAAUCCCUGAUGAAAAGGUUGUAUCGACCUAUGUGUCCUACAUGUGUGCUCGACUACUUGACAUCAGAGAGGAGGUCAAGGCCGCAAGGAUUAUCCAAAUGUUCUGGAGGAGGCGACAAUUGAAGCUUGCAGUCAAGAAAAGAGAGGUAACAAUUUUGGGCACCCAUCACAAAUAUUGUUUUUUCUUCCAAAAAUUGUACAAGUCAUUUUAUCUCUACGUUUAGUUUUAGUCAUUUAGUUAGCAACAUAACCUUCCCUUGGCCAUUUCAACUGUCAAGUAAGGCAAAUGUAGCAUCUAAUGAUUAUCACACAGUUACUAUUAGUUUUGUACCUAAAUGAAUUUACUAAAUUUAAAGCAACCUAUCAUUUUAUCAAUUUAUUUACAGCUAAGGACAAAAGCUGCUGUAACUAUACAAAGAUGGAUCAGGCUUCAUUUAGCCAAGAUGUCUUCUGAAAGACGAGAGAAAGCUGCAGUUUGCCUGCAGGCACGGUGGCGUGGCUACAUGGCGCGCAGAGAGGCCAGCAGACUUAAGGAGCAUGAACAAAUUGCCAAAUUGAGACUGCAGAGGGAACAAGCAGCUGUUAAACUUCAGUAUCUUUGGCGGUCACGCUGUGCCAGACGUCAGCUCGCCAAACUUAAAGUGGAGAAUCAGGAGAGGGUAGACCUCGAGGAAAGAGAGAAAGCUGCCGUUGUAUUACAGAAGUUUGUUAGAGCUUGUAGAACUCGUAGAGAAUUUGAAAGAAAAAGGUUUGCUGUACUGACCAUUCAGGCUGUGUGGAGGAGGCUUAAUGCUGAGAAAAGAGUUCAAAAACUCAGACUGGAGCUUCACAAAAAGUCGGCUUUAACUAUCCAGAGGUGGAUGAAAAGAUAUCUUUGUAUGAAGAGGUUGUCUUCAAUGCGGGCGGCAGCACUAGUAAUUCAAAAAAACUGGAGGAUGUUGCAAGCCAAGAAGAAACUUUAUCAUCUGAAAGUAGAUCAACAAAACAAGGCUGCCAUUCUCAUUCAGAAGGUCAUUAGGGGCAAAAUCCUGGAGAAGCAGUUUAAGAAAAUGAGGAAUUCCACUCUGGUGCUGCAAACUUAUUGGCGAGUCAAAAAAGCCAAGAAAGAAUUGGCAAGACUAAGAAAUGAAAAAACUAACAGUGCUGCCAUCUUGAUUCAAAGUGUCUUGAAAAGAGUGGCUGCCCAAAAGCUGUUUUUAAAGAAGAGACGUGCUGCCAUUGUUUUGCAAAAACACUGGAGACGUGCCAUGGCUAAGAAAGAACUUGACAGCCUUAAGCUUGAAAGAAAUAAUAAAUACUGCACAAUUGUGCAGAGUUUCCUGAAGAGUGUGAUUCACCGCCAAGCAUUCCUGAGAAAGAAAAGGGCUGCCAUUAUCUUACAAAAGAAUUGGAGGAGAACCCUUGCCAAGAGACAACUGUCAAAUAACAGACAGGGCAGAAUUGCUAAAGCAGCCACUACAGUGCAGAGCGUAAUGAAAAGCAUUUCAUAUCGUAAAAUGUUUUUGAGGAAGAGACACGCUGCCACCGUCUUACAGAAACACUGGAGAAGAGCUUUGGCCCAGCAGAAACUUUCAGGGCUCAAAGCUGAAAGGCUGGACAGGGCAGCCACUCUGGUUCAGUGUGCCCUGAAAGCAUUUGCUCAACGCAAACUGUUUGUAAGGAAAAGGGAUUCGGCACUUACGCUGCAGAAGAACUGGAGAAGAACUCUUGCCCAGAGAGAAGCUGCUCACCUGAGAACCCUGAGAGACACCAGGGCUGCACUCGUUGUUCAAAAAUUCUGGAGAGGGUGGAGGGUCAAAAAAGAGUUUAUAUCAUUGAAAAGAUCCGCUGUUGUGGUACAAGGGGCAUGGAGGGUAUGCCUGGCGAAGAGAGAGCGUGAAAGACUUGUAGCAAUAAGACAUACAGAAUGUGCUACUGUCAUUCAAAGAACAUAUAGAUCGUAUUUGCAUAGGAAAGAAUUUCAGAAACUGAGAUCGGCUGCUACGGUUAUUCAAAAGACCUGGAGAAUGCAGCUGGCGAAGAGAGAGUUGAAAAGACUGAGAGGAUUACGCCAAGAGCAGGCAGCGGUCACCAUUCAAAGAUAUUACAGAGGACAUCGGUCAAAGAAAUGUUAUCUCAUGAUGAGGUGGGCAGCCAUCGCUGUUCAGAAAUAUUGGAGAAUGUUGACAGCUGUGAGAAUUUUAAACAAACUGAAACAUGCAGAGCAAGUAACGGCUGCUAUACACAUACAGAGAGUUUAUCGGGGAUGGAAAUGCAGAAAAUGCUAUUUAGUAAUGAGAGCAGCUGCUGUCACGUUGCAAAGAGCCUGGAAGUCGGUUCAAGAACAUAGACAACUAGAGAAGUUAAAGGCAGAAAAACAGUGUAAGUCUGCAAUACUGAUACAGAAAUCAUGGAAAAGAUUUAUGGCAAGGGAGGCCUUCGUGGAGAAGAAAAGAGCCACUGUUGUGUUGCAGGCUUUCUUUAGAAUGGUUGAAGCCAAGCAGCGAUACAGCCGCACACAACAAGCUACAUUAAUCAUACAAGACUGGUAUAGAGCCAAUCUCUUGGCUACUAAACAAAGAUCCGAGUUCCUGCGAAAAAGACGGGCGGCAAUUCUGAUUCAGAAAUGGUGGAGAUUUAAGUCUCAGAGACAGCGGUACUGCAAGAUGGUGGAAGCUGCUGUGGUGAUACAGUCAGCUUUUAGAUGCUACCGACGCCGAAUAAAAUACUUGGCUCUCAAGCUGGCUACCAUUAUAGUGCAGAGAGGGUACAGGAAUUAUCGUUUGGGUAGGAAAAUCAGACAACAAUACUUGUCCUACAUGCAGGCUACAGUCACCGUUCAAAGAACGUGGCGCAGACUUUUAGCAGACAGGCAAGAAAAACGUGUGACUGCUGCCGUUUUAAUACAAAAAGCUUUCAGAAGAAGAAUUGCGCUGAAAAAAUUUGUUGCUACAAAACAUGCCGUUUUGGUGAUACAAAAUCAUUAUAGGGAGUAUAAAAAAACUAAAAAUUUAAGGCAGGCUUUCUUGGAGAAAAAGCGAGCAGUUAGUGCUAUCCAAUGUGCUUUCAGAGCCUACAAGCUGAGACAAGAGUAUAAAAAUGUGUGUUGUUUGAUUGUCAAAAUUCAAGCCUUCAUCCGUGGUCACCAAACCAGAAAGCGCUAUUUACAACAGAGGCAUGCUGCAAUCACAAUCCAGCGGAAGUACAGAGCUACAAUAUUAGGCAGAGUUUUGAGAGAGCAGUUCUUGUUGAUGAAAAGCUCUGCUGUAACUCUACAGUCAUUUUACAGGUCCGUCCUUGUAUGUAGAGAAAUGCAAAGACAGCUGUGUAUCCAGGAAUUGGCUGCCACUAAAGUUCAAGCUUUGUUUCGUGGCUGGAGCCACAGACAAGACUUUUUGUUUCUCCGUGCAGCCACUGUUUGUUGCCAGCGAAGAUUUAGAGCGCUACUAGCUGGCAAAGCUGUGAGAAGAGAAGUGGAAACAAUUAAAAGGUCAGUGAGACUCAUUGAGAAUAAAUGGAGAAGUUUCAGUUCUAUUAGAGAAGCAAAAAGAAAAUUGAAUACUUUGAGAGUCGAGAAGGAAGGAGAGCUGAAGAGAAGACAAGAGGAGGAAAGAUUAGUGGCCAAAAGAAAAGAAGAGAGGGAAAGGCUGGAAGUCGAGAAAAAGGUGGAAGAAAUGAGAAGAGAGAGAGCUGCUGGUGUUUUGCAAAGGUGUAUUAGAGCUUAUUUGAAAGUGAGAGAUUGGGAGAGAAAAGAAGCAGCAGCAGUGGUGAUUCAGAAAUAUGCGAGGUCUUACAGUGCAAGAUUGAAAUACAAGAGAUGUUCACAAUCUAUUUUAUUGCUUCAGUGCAGGAUCAAAGGUUUUGUGUAUCGUAGGAGGUAUGAACGAAUGUUGCUUGCUUCAACCAUCAUUCAACGACGAUGGAGAGAAAUAUUAGAUGGUAGGCUUUGCCGUAAAGUGUACUUGACCAGACAAGAUGUGAUAGUUAAAAUUCAAAACAUGUAUAGGAUGAAAUGUCAGCGCCAAAGAUAUCUUUGUGAUUUGAGAAAAAUUAUCCGAUUGCAGGCUUCCAUCAGAGCAUUAAUAAUAAGAAAGAAAUAUUUUGAUGACAGAGGUAGAGUAAUAUGGAUGCAGAGAACAAUAAGAUGCAAACAACAGAUGAAAAGAGACAGGCAUCAAUACUUAACAAUGCGGGAAAGUGUUAUAAAAAUUCAGACAGUGCUACGUGUGUGGUUGGCUUAUAGGAAAAUGGUGAAAGAGAAAUCAGUCAUUAAAAUCCAAGCGCAUCUGAGGAUGCUCCAGGAACGAUCUGCAUUUGUUCAGACCAACUGUGCGGUACAAGUGUUGACAGCCUUCAUAGCCCUGAAGCAACAGCAAGUGGAGAGACGAACCCAAGAGGCUGCCGCUUGCAUCAUUCAACAAGCAUUCCGGGGCUACUUAAGGAGACAGGCUGAAACUAGACAUCAUGCUGCAUGUGUUAUCCAGAGGACCUUCCAUCUGUUUAUCUUGAGGACAAGGUUAAAGAAGCUAAGAGCCGCAUUGGUGAUAUACACAGCAUUCAAGACGUUCGUGGCCCGGAGACAUUACUUGGCUUUGAAACAAUCAGUCAUACUGAUACAAUCUGCAGUCAGGUGUUGGCUAGCCAGAAAGGUAGCAAAUGAACUGAGGAAAAAGCAGAAGAAUAUCAUCUCUCUUCAAGCUGCUGCAAGAGGCUACCUUACAAGGAAGAAAGUCAGGGCA